UCCUGCCCAUCGAGCCCAUCGAUCUGUCGCCAAACACACGAGCGAUGCCUUCCCCUUCCUAGGGUUCGUCGCUCUCGCUCACCAUUGCCGCCAACCAGACGCCAUCGUCCCUGCAGUCGAGUCGCGGCCACCGGGCGUCGCCACGAGGUCUUCGGCCAUCACCUCCAGUCUCCGUCGCGAUUCCCGUCCUCGCCGGCUGCCCCAACCCCUGGUCGACGCCUCUCCUCGUGGUCCUCCGAAUCCUGAUCGAAGUUGCUGUCCACGAGCUAGAGGAUGGAGAAAGCAAUUUGGGAUGCAUAUCAUAUUAGGGUUUUUUGUGAGUUAUGUGCGAAAGAGGUUGGAGCUGGCAAUAGGCCAGGGCCGUUCUUGAGCGCCAAAGGAUAUAAGAACCUUGAGGAAAGUUUCUUCCAGCAAACUAAGAAAAAAUAUGUGAAGAAACAAUUCAAGAACAGAUGGGAUUCACUCAAGAAGGAGUACACUCAAUGGAAGGAGCUGAAAAUUGCUGCAUCGGGACUAGGUUGGGAUAAUAAGCUUGAAACUGUUGUCGCAGAUCCUGAUUGGUGGAGUGUUCACCUUCAGGUAUAUACACUUUUAGAUGGCUGAAAUUAACAAUGAAGAUGAUGAUGGUGUAAAACAGAAGUUGGAACUCCUACUCAAGUUAAGUUUUGAUGCUGCCAUGUUGGGUAUGAUGGCUAGUCGGUAUACUGAUACUUAUUUGAACAAGCAACCUAGAAGGAUUGCAGUGCAAACUGGUUAUGAAUGGGUGAUGGAGAAACUAUCUCGCCAAAAAUCUUGCUAUAAGAUGUUUAGAAUGUAUCCGGAUGUUUUCAUGAGCUUGCAUGAUCUCCUCGUGAGUAGAUACGGGUUGGAGUCAACGAGAGAGAUGAGCUCUAUUGAAUGUCUAGGCAUGUUCUUAUGGAUGCUUGGAGGGCCACAAUCAUUUACCCAAGCUGAAGAUCGCUUUGUUAGGUCGACCGAAACAAUUCAUAGGAAAUUCAAGCACGUAUUGCAAUGCGUGUAUGCUCUAGGAGGAGACAUCAUCAAACCUACCGAUCCUACAUUCGCACAGGUGCACCCAAAAAUUAGGGACAAACGUUUCUGGCCUCACUUCAAAGGUUGCAUUGGUGCAAUUGAUGGGUCACAUGUUCCUGUUGUAGUUCCCGCUAAAGAGACCGUGAACUAUACUGGACGACAUGGUUACACAAGUCAAAAUGUGCUAGCGAUAUGUGACUUUGACAUGAGAUUUACCUUUGUUGUUGCUGGUUGGGCGGGAUCAGUGCAUGACAAUAGAAUCUUUAACCAUAGCACAGAGAAGUAUGAGACUAUUUAUCCGGCGCCUCCCCAAGGUAUGUACUACCUUGUUGAUUCUGGAUAUCCGAACCGAGAUGGAUACCUAGCACCUUACAAAGGCCAAACCUAUCAUCUUCCAGAAUUUCGUCUUCGACGCAAACCGACCGGGAAAGAAGAGGUGUUCAAUCAUGCCCACUCUUCUCUUCGAAAUGUCAUUGAGCGUUGUUUUGGUGUCCUCAAGCAAAAAUGGCACAUCCUAAGGGACGUGCCACAAUACAAGAUCGCGAGUCAAACAAUGAUCAUAAGUGCUUGCAUGACGCUUCACAACUUCAUUCGUGACAGCAAGUUACGCGACAAAGAUUUUGACAAAUGUGAUGCAGAUAAAAAUUACAUCCCUGCAGCUGGACGAGCGACACCAUUACUUGGCGAUGAUGUUGCACUUGCAGUUGACGAGAACACCAUGAACACCACACGUGAAAGGAUCGCGAACUCUUUGAUGGCCGGACGCCAAACAUAGAUGUUGUUUAACAACAACUAUUGUGUGAUACAUUUUCUUUUGGUGAAUCUUUGUCUUCAUGAACUGCUUUCUUUAUUUUAUUGGAUCAUGUGUCGUGCCAAAGCACUAUUUUGAG